CUGGCCGCCGCUCCAGCGGGGCCCAGCGUGAGCCUCUACCUGAGCGAGGACGAGGUGCGCCGGCUGCUCGGUCUUGACGCAGAACUUUACUAUGUGAGAAAUGAUCUUAUUAGUCACUACGCUCUGUCCUUUAACCUGCUAGUGCCCAGUGAGACAAACUUCCUGCAUUUCACUUGGCAUGCAAAGUCCAAGGUUGAAUAUAAGCUGGGAUUCCAAGUAGACAAUUUUGUGGCUAUGGGCAUGCCCCAGGUCAAUAUCUCUGCUCAAGGGGAAGUGCCACGCACUUUAUCAGUGUUUCGGGUCGAGCUUUCCUGUACCGGCAAAGUAGACUCUGAAGUCAUGAUACUAAUGCAGCUCAACCUGACAGUACAUCCUUCCAAAAACUUCACAGUCUUAAAUUUUAAACGAAGGAAAAUGUGCUACAAAAAACUUGAAGAAGUAAAAACUUCAGCCUUGGACAGAAACACUAGCAGAACUAUUUAUGAUCCUGUACAUGCAGCUCCAACUACUUCCACGCGUGUGUUUUAUAUCAGUGUAGGAGUUUGUUGUGCAGUAAUAUUUCUUGUAGCAAUAAUAUUAGCCGUUUUGCACCUUCAUAGUAUGAAAAGGAUUGAACUGGAUGACAGCAUCAGCGCCAGCAGUAGUUCCCAAGGGCUGUCUCAGCCAUCCACGCAGACGACUCAGUAUCUGAGAGCUGACACACCCAACAAUGCAACUCCCAUCACCAGCUCCUCAGGUUAUCCUACCUUGAGGAUAGAGAAGAACGACUUGCGGAGUGUCACCCUUUUGGAGGCCAAAGCCAAGGUGAAGGACAUAGCAAUAUCCAGGGAACGGAUAACACUGAAAGAUGUACUUCAAGAAGGUACUUUUGGGCGUAUUUUCCAUGGGAUUUUAGUAGACGAAAAAGAUCCAAAUAAAGAAAAGCAAACAUUUGUAAAAACAGUUAAAGAUCAAGCGUCUGAAGUUCAGGUGACGAUGAUGCUGACUGAGAGUUGUAAGCUUCGUGGUCUCCAUCACAGAAACCUUCUUCCUAUUACUCAUGUGUGCAUAGAAGAAGGGGAAAAGCCCAUGGUGAUACUGCCAUACAUGAACUGGGGGAAUCUUAAGUUGUUUCUACGGCAGUGCAAAUUAGUAGAAGCCAAUAAUCCACAGGCAAUUUCCCAGCAAGACUUGGUACAUAUGGCUAUUCAGAUUGCCUGUGGAAUGAGCUACCUGGCAAGAAGGGAAGUGAUCCAUAAAGACCUGGCUGCUAGGAACUGUGUCAUCGACGACACUCUUCAAGUGAAAAUCACAGACAAUGCCCUUUCCAGAGACUUAUUUCCCAUGGACUACCACUGUCUAGGGGACAAUGAGAACAGACCAGUGAGAUGGAUGGCUCUGGAAAGCCUGGUUAACAAUGAAUUCUCUAGCGCUAGUGAUGUGUGGGCCUUUGGAGUGACGUUGUGGGAGCUCAUGACGCUGGGCCAGACGCCCUACGUGGACAUCGACCCCUUUGAGAUGGCCGCUUACCUGAAAGAUGGUUACCGAAUCGCCCAGCCAAUCAACUGCCCUGAUGAACUGUUUGCUGUGAUGGCCUGUUGCUGGGCCUUGGACCCGGAGGAGAGGCCUAAGUUUCAGCAGCUGGUCCAGUGCCUCACAGAGUUUCAUGCCGCCCUGGGAGCCUACGUCUGACUACUCUCCCAGACCACAGCUCAGAAGAAAGUGCCUGUUGCAGAUGCUUUGCCUGUAGCGCAGUGCCUGCAGAAGCACCUCUGUCUCCCAGAAUGCCUUAGGAAUGCUUUCAAACCUGAACUUCUAAAGACAGACUUCACGUGGAGUAUUUUCUAGAUACCACUUUUAUUAGGUUGAACUGAAGGGGUUUUGUAAAUUUUUUGGCCAAAAAUUUUUUUAAAAUAUAGUUACUUUGGACUAGGGGGUGCAUUCUUAAAAAAAAAAUAAACAGUUUAAAAAAUUGUUUAGACACAGAUAUUUGGAAUAGCUGUCUUAGUGCCAACUGCUUUUAUCUUUAUGUUCUACUUCAUUGAGGGGUGACUCACCUUUAAAGCUAUUUUAAUAUUGUCACUGCUUUUGGGAAUGGUUUGUCUUCAAAACAUGGUACUUUUCUUAGGAAAAACAGCAUAAAAAAAUGCCUGAUUUGCCUUAUACAAGGAAAGACAGUAUAUUAGCAGAAGGAAAAUUGAAGAAAAGGUAAAGAGGAAAAUUUAACAACAACAGCAAAAGCCAUAGUGCCCCUGCAUAGAAAAUUGCUUGUUUAGUGAACAUGGCUCUGCUCUCUUGUCUGGGGAAGCAGUGGCUGCGUUCAUCACAUCUCAGCCCUCCUGUGAGCCAGAAGAAAGCUGGGGCAGAUUCGUAGAAGCAGUGGUGACCUUAUUUAUUUUUGCUCUCUGGGCAAGGAGAUGAUACGGUUGCAGAGAGUGAACCCUCUCUAUGCCCACAGUUCCUUCUGCGUGCACCUGGGCUUGUGUACACAGAGCUGGCGCUUCGGUUGCUGUGGGCUUGGGUUGUUUUGUUUUUAGUUUAAAUUGAUAAUUUUUAUGCUUCUCUUUAAGGCUGGCUUAAGUAUAAAUUUGUUUUUUAAAACAUUUGGAAAAUUAAAGAACUCAUUUUAUACGACGGUAUUCAAAUACUGCUCAUAAUGUGUGAUUGGUGGUUGUGUCUUGGAAGUCUUUGAACAUGCAACCACUGGAUAGUUGUGUUUGAUCUCAUGAGAAUGUGCCUCAGUUCCAAAACCCCUGUAGGAGGGCAGCUGACUCUUCCUGGCCUCUGUGGCGUGUGAAGUAUCACAUGGAGCCGUCUCUCCAGACCCAGUAGGUGGCAUGUGUUUUCAUUGACCUAAGGGAGAGUCAAGUGAGCCUGUAAAUUGCCUGGGCCUACAGAGGCCUGCCUCUGUCCUUCCUCUCUGGGCUGUGAGGGAGAACACGGGGCUGUUAUAUUAAAAUAAGUCUUACGAAUAAGCAGAAUAUCUGAAAAACAGCUCCCACAGUACAAGCUCCCACAAGCAAUCAGGACCUUGAUGUCCUACGCACAGUGUCCCUCACACAAUCUAAUAUGCUAAUAUUCUGCCUACACAGCUUAACGUGCUGGUGUUCUAUUCACACAACCUAACGUGUAGAUGUUUUUGUCCACACAGACUUAUGUGCUGGUGUUCUGUUCAUGAUGCGCUUCAUCCCCACAUGUCUCCGUUUUAAAAUGUUUCUUUUGAUGUGUUUGUAGUUUGGAGAUGCUUUGUUAAUAACCUACAUCUUAGAAGGCAGUCAACAAAUCCUAGGGUGGACAUCGCCUUCAUAGAGCAAUCAGUUCUUCCCGCCUUUUCCAACAUUCAGUGCACUCUUUUUAUCGUCAAAUGAGAACAAUGUUUAGAAGUCACAGUUCAGUGUGCAAGAAUUGCUUUGAAAAAAAAAAGGCAGCUGGGUGGUGGCGCACGCCUUUAAUCCCAGCACUC